CGUCAUGUUGAGUGGUAGGACGCCUUUGCGGCACCGCUUUUUCUUCAUACUGUCACUUGGGACCGUCUUAUUCAUUUUUGAAACCCGCUGGACGACACAAGCGAUCAGUAAAAGCCUGUCCAGAACGCCGGAAGAAGAUAUUUGGAAUUACUUGUCCUCGUUUGCGUCGACAAGCGACUCUGCCAACUACCUCAGUAGUGUUGAUAACGGUAAUCUUGUCGAUCCAUUCGAGUCGCCGACAGUCUGGAAUACGAGUCAAAUUCCUCCCGGUAGAAGGAAAAUUGAUACACUGGACUCCGCUAUCUACAAUGUCGCUAACGUUUCGGGUGCUUCGGCCAUUUUUCCACUCGUGCUGACGGUGAGCUCUCAGAAUACCAGCCGGACAACUACAACAACCGAGGAACCUAGCCCCGGCCGAAUGAAACAACCCGAUAAUACCUUUUCAGCAUGUAUCCUCGUCAUGGACGACAACCAUCGCCUCGUGGAGUGGAUUGCCUACCACUACUACGCCUUGAAUCUGCGGCACUUGGUAGUUACGGUGGAUCCUCAUUCUAGAACAUCUCCGACCGCAGUUCUAGAUCGCUGGAGAGAUCGUAUGCAAAUUGAUGAAUGGUCCGAUCGAACAUUUUUUCCGCGAAUUAAUUGGCGAAGCGCGAACGAUACGGUCGAAAGACGACAUUUGAGGCACAGGUUUCGUCAAGCGCAAUUUUACAAGGGCUGUAUCCGUAGAUUACGAGAAUUCAACCGAACGUGGACGGCUUUCAUCGACUCCGAUGAGUACCUUACCAUCAAUAGCCGCCUGGUCGACAACACGGCGCUCCGGAUGCAACGACCAGGACACGUCGCCGACUACUUUCACGAGUUAACACAGCAAGCGCACAGCGAUCCAAACUCCACCUUCGCUGUGAAUUUCGGUCAACCCUGCGUUUUACUGUCCCGCACCAUGUAUGGAUCGGUGGAAAGUACAGACGAGGAGAUCCGUAGGGACGUGCCGGAUUUUCUGGAUCCAGCCCGCUUCGAUACGCUGCGAUGGCGGCAUCGCUCAACCGAGGAUGGCCACGUAUUAGCCAAAAGUCUGAUCGACAUCUCGCAGGUUCACCGAUCCCAUAUGGAAGGUAUCAGCAAUGCGCACAAAGUGCUUGUCGAUAUGUGUACGUCCGAAUCCUUUUUGGCGUAUACACUGCCCAUUGGCAUUCAUCACUACCUUGGUAGUUGGGAGCAGUAUAGCUACCGAGACGACGCUCGCGAUGGUGGCGAUGCACACAGCUACGAGACGUGGCAAAGGAAGGGCUCUGCGCUGGUCAGUACGGAUGAUGAGAUUCGCCCUUGGAUUCGCGGGUUUGUGGACAUGGUGGGCAAUGGCACGGCACAGUUUUUGCUGGAAGGGGCUGGGCUCCCCACAAACCGUACGGCAAAAAGUUAG